AUAAAGAGUGCUGCCAUCUCUACUUUCAAGUAUUGCAUUCAACAGUACAAGCGUUUAGACGCUGCUCUGCUGCUGCUGCUGCUCAAUGGUAGUGCAAUGCAAGAGUUGCGUCGUAGGAAGAUGGCAGAAGAACACAAAGAAGAAGAAGAAGACGACGACGAAGAAGAAGAAGAAGCAGAGCACUGCACAGCACAGCACUGCACAGCCCUCAUCGAGCACGUACCGAGGAAACGAAAUGUGAGCAGACUGGCGGCCUCGGCACUCCCGUCUCCUGUGAACCAACUGCUUCCAAUUUCCAACCCUAAACCCUUGUUUGCUGCAUGUGUCACCCUGGAGAAGCACAAGCAGCAGCUGCAGCAGCAGAGGGAGGAUGAGGAGGAAGAGAGAUGA